CGUCGAACUACUACUACGACCAUUGCGCUUUCUUCUGUGACCUGGCUGCUCUUUCCAGCCCGAUUUUGUUUGUCUUGGCGUCAGCGCUGGUUCUUGUGCGUACUGUCCAGCUCUCCUCCUCUCUCACAUCCAAAGUCACUUCCUCUGUUUUCCACUUAUAUUGAACUCCUACACACGUGUAUCUGGCUCCGCGCACGUACCUCUCACUUCACGCAUACACGACAAUUGGCUCACCGCAUCAUGAAGCGGCUAUCACUUUCAUGAGCCCUUCACGUUCACCGGUUGACGAUGAGUGAUAAGGCGAGCUUCCCACUCGCUCAUCACGAUACCAUCAACACUCUCUUCGCACACCCUUGUCAAAAAGCACUCACUCGGGCAACACCAUGGCCGACUCAGGGGUUCGGUCAGGUAUUCGGAAGAAGGCAACUCUCAGACUUGGUCGCAAAAUCGCUCGAUUUGCUGUGGGCAAAGACAAGGAGCUGUUCACAGUCCACGAAGACCUCAUCUGUGUGUCACCCUUCUUUCGAAACAUCCUCCAGCCACGCCGCAAGCCUGUCGAGGGUGACUGCUCUAUCUGUCAUGAUGCGCUUGAUCCAGAGACAAAGGAGCUUACAUACUGCUCCUCUUCCUGUGGAGGCAACUUCCAUCGCUCCUGCAUCGAUGACUUGACCGACCACACGCCGGAGAACGAAGUGACCAAGUGUCCGCUCUGCAGGCAGCCCUGGACUUUCAGCUCCGAUAUGUCACACUACAUACAUCAGCUACCGACUUUAGACUCAGAAGGGUUUGAAAUCUUCUUGGAGUGGCUCUAUAAUCCUAACACCGUUACUGGCAGGGAUGCCACGCUCCCUCUGCUUCAUGCAUGUAUGCUUGGAAGCCAUUUUGAAGCUCAAAAAUUCCAUGCUGAGACUAAGCGGGCGGUAUACGACUCAUGCAAGCGCAACAGUUGGCCGGACAUUUUGAGUAUUAGAAAGAUAUAUGCGACAGGGACUGAACCAUACGACUUGCGGCGUGCGGUGGUAGCCCUUUACAAAUGCAUGCCGCCAGCUGUCUUGGAGAGAGCUUUUGACUACCCGGCCCGUUUCCCGCCUGCAUUCACGCGAGAUCUUCUUGUGGCUCUUGCUACGGAGCGUGACAAGACUCCAAGACCUAGGACGCUUGCUUGAAUAACAGGCGAUACAAGUGUAUAAAGUGCUACACGAAGUAUUGGCAUAAGUUUGGAUGUCACGUCGCUUGAUGGUUGGGAAGAAGGAUGACAUACCCAUGAUAACUGCGACAAGGUUUAUGUGAUUUGGUCACAGACUUUUCAGCUCACGCGCUGCGAGCAUGACGAGAAAAUGAUGGAUUUUUCGCCUUGAAGAUUCUCGCUCAAAGGAAGCACAAAGAGAAGGGAGGAUUCAAUACAUCACACCCUGUGCGGACGAGUCGGUUUUUUCGUUCGCACGACUGGAAGCACCAGUGACUUGUGCCUAAUGCUUCUCAAUGCCCCAGAAUACAUAUUAUGCUUCAGGAAUGAAAUCAGUGCAAAC